CUUCCUGAGAAAUUCCCCUUCUCUCUCUCUCUCUCUCUCCACCCCAGAAGCUCGAAAGAAGAAGAAAUCGCAAUAAAAACGAGAAAAUGCACAGAUCGGCAAGCUGGACGCGGGGCCCGCCGGAUGACUACUUCAUGCACUCGACGCCGAUGGCGGCCUCGUCGGGCCUCCGAGUCUCUUCUUCGGCUGCCGACGACAACGAGCUCCCCAUGUACAAUCCCACCGUCGAGAUGGCCAAGAAGGAGAAGUCCCGCCGUUUCGCCGAAAACGCGGUUCACGUCAUCCCCUUCCUCCUAAUCAUCUGCGGAUUCAUCUUGUGGUUCUUCUGCAAUCCCCAUGGGAUGAAAGGAGAUUCCAUAGCGACGAGGAUCGAAGGAUUGACCAUCGAAGGGGAUAGCGACCACGAUAGCGACGGGACCCAGACGGGAUUCUUACCCAUUGAAGCCGACUCGAAGAGAGCUAUUCGCGGCCGCAGGAAACUUGACGAGAUUCUCAUUUGGAGACGGAACUGAUCAUUAAUUAAUCAUUCAUCAAUAUAAUUAAUUGAUUGGUUAAUUACUUAAUCGGAGUGGUCGAUCGAGAUCAGCAGAGAAUACUCGCGUCAUCACCUGGAGAAUGUAUUUGUUUAUUUAUUUUUUUUUCCCCUUGUUCAUUAUUUUAUGUAUUUCUUCAAUAUUCCCACGUGAUAUAUACAAGUAUUCAUACACAGAUUAACCCUUUCAGAAUGUGUUUUCUUUCAAUUAGCGGGCGAGUUGUGUGC